GAGAAAAGGCGUCUUGAUAAACGCCGCUGAGAAAAAUCCUCCCCACCUCCAUCUUUCUUUCCCUGAUUCGCUGCCGAUUUGUGCCUUCUUCGCCGCCGAUUUGUGCAUUCUUCGCCGCCCUGAGAAUUUCGAUUCCGAUUGAAAAUGAGAGAGUGCAUCUCCGUUCACAUUGGCCAGGCCGGUAUCCAGGUUGGGAAUUCGUGCUGGGAGCUUUAUUGCCUUGAGCACGGCAUUCAGCCCGAUGGCCAAAUGCCAAGUGAUAAAACAGUUGGAGGAGGUGAUGAUGCAUUCAACACCUUUUUCAGUGAAACCGGUGCUGGAAAACACGUCCCACGUGCAAUCUUCGUUGAUCUCGAACCAACCGUAAUUGAUGAAGUCAGGACUGGAACUUACCGACAACUCUUCCACCCCGAGCAGCUCAUCAGUGGCAAAGAAGACGCUGCGAACAAUUUCGCACGUGGCCACUACACAAUUGGGAAAGAGAUAGUUGACCUAUGUCUAGACCGAAUAAGAAAGCUCGCAGACAAUUGCACAGGGCUCCAAGGGUUCCUUGUCUUCAACGCAGUAGGUGGAGGCACAGGUUCCGGCUUAGGUUCCCUCCUUCUCGAACGUUUGUCCGUUGACUAUGGCAAAAAGUCAAAGCUCGGCUUCACAGUCUACCCUUCCCCACAGGUCUCCACAUCUGUAGUGGAGCCUUACAACAGUGUUCUCUCCACUCACUCCCUCCUCGAACACACAGAUGUCGCCAUACUCCUCGACAACGAAGCCAUAUACGACAUCUGCAGACGCUCCCUUAAAAUUAAAAGGCCCCUUUAAAAAAACCUCAACCCCCUUUUUUUUCAGGUGAUCUCUUCGUUGACCGCAUCUCUAAGAUUCGACGGAGCACUUAAUGUGGAUGUGACCGAAUUCCAAACCAACUUAGUACCUUACCCAAGAAUUCACUUCAUGCUUUCUUCAUACGCACCUGUAAUCUCAGCAGAGAAAGCAUACCAUGAACAGCUUUCCGUAGCUGAAAUUACCAACAGUGCGUUCGAGCCCUCUUCAAUGAUGGCUAAGUGUGACCCACGUCAUGGCAAAUACAUGGCUUGCUGUUUGAUGUACCGUGGAGAUGUAGUGCCUAAAGAUGUGAAUGCAGCUGUGGCAACCAUCAAGACUAAACGGACUAUCCAGUUUGUGGACUGGUGCCCCACGGGUUUUAAGUGCGGUAUCAAUUACCAGCCGCCGACUGUGGUACCGGGCGGUGAUCUUGCUAAGGUGCAGAGGGCUGUUUGCAUGAUUUCGAAUUCGACUAGUGUGGCUGAGGUGUUUUCGAGGAUUGACCAUAAGUUUGAUCUCAUGUACGCCAAACGGGCCUUUGUGCACUGGUAUGUGGGUGAGGGAAUGGAGGAAGGGGAAUUCUCGGAGGCGAGGGAAGAUCUUGCUGCGCUGGAGAAGGAUUAUGAGGAGGUUGGUGCUGUGGGCACUGAGGAUGAUGGUGAUGAUGGUGAGGAGGAUUAUUGAGGUUUGUUCGACUUUUUCUCGAUUCUUGUUUCUCCUGGUUUGUUUAAGUAUUACUUGCACUAUGACUAUGAAUUUUACUUCUAGUAUCCGAAUUGUUGAACCAUUACAUGUAUUUGAAUAAAUUUCUCUUCAUUCUGGAUCCAAAAAUUACUCGAGAGCCUGAUGAUUGAAAUGGAUUCUGCUUUC